AUGUACUUUGCCGAAAGAAGAAAUGCGGGACAAAGAUGUGCAUUCGUACGCUUUGAUGACGCCGAGCGCUAUGAUUACAUUGAACUCAUUAUGGAGGAGCUUCGCUAUGGAGAUAUGAAUCGCUUCCGAAAUAGUAGUUCAAGCAAUGACGAACCAUCAGAUGAUGACCAGGAUGCCUUGCUACUUGGACUUGCAGCUGAGUUGAUACUUCUACAUCCGGAGGCAGAAAGAACAAUAAUUACGUACCUCAAAACUAUAAAAAAACGAGUGGAAAUUGAGGAGGCACUGGCCAUGGCUUUGGUAAUGGUAAGUCAUAGUGCCCGACAACGAGUUUUGGCAGAGCGUUUCAAUAGAUCAACGGAGACAAUUAACCGCAAUGUAAGGGAGGUCCUGCGCGGUCUUUGUAUGUUUGCUUCACAAAUAAUUCGCCCUUUUGACUACGAUCAGGAUGCAGUGGGAGCAAUUGAUGGCACUCACAUUCCGGCGUGCCCACCCUCAGGUCAUCAAAUGGCGUAUACAAAUCGACAUGGAUUUCAGUCGCAAAAUCUACUGGCAGUAUGUGAUUUCGAUAUGCGAUUCACGUACAUAUAUGCUGGGUGGGAGGGAAGUGCACACGAUGCCCGAGUGUUAGAUGAUGCUCUGUCACACCCGUCAGACUUCCCAAUGGCACCUGAAGGUAAAUACUACCUUGUAGAUGCUGCAUAUAAGAAUGUUCCAGGCUUUUUACCGCCGUAUAAGAAUGCAGCACGGGCCGGUCCAGAAAAAAUUUUAUUUAAUACGCGCCACUCGGAACUUAGAAAUGUCAUUGAACGAACCUUUGGAGUUCUGAAGAACAGAUUUAAAUUUUUGAAGGGACCGGUUCCAAAUUUUUAUAUGACCACUCAAGUCAAUGUUGUUAUAGCUUGUUGUGCAUUGCACAACUUUCUUCGCUUACACCAACCAGGUGACGCCCAUUUUCAACUGGCUGAGGACGGCAAUGUUGGAUUAGAGCACCAACAGGGUGGCGGUGAGUUACCUCACGUGCAGCCAUUGAAUGCAUCCCGAGCUGAGGUUAUGGCUUGGAAAGCUAGGCGAGAUGCGAUUGCAACUGAAAUGUAUGGCGCGCAACGUAGGAGAAGGCGUUAG